ACCAUCAGUGACGAUGUCGAGACCUACCGCAUUUUAACGCGUAUCGACACUACAGAGGCCAAAGCACUUUGUGAAAACAUUAAAUACCGCUUGCAGAAUGAGCCAGUCAAUGAGAUUGACGUGCAAAGCAUCUGGGCCUUUGAAUCACCUGACUGGAUCGAUGCUGUCUUGCACAACAUUGUCAAAUUCGACAUCUUGAACAUGCAGCCUGCUGGAGGAUAUAUCGCCCUAUUCAUUGAAACAGAGUUGUUUCGGUAUCACGAUAGGGGCGCUGCACGGGUCGUCGACAUGUAUGAGCGGCAU